GAGAUGGCUCUGGUUCAUGCUGAAGUGAGCGUCUGGGGUAAGCCAUGGGAUCACAGCUUUCACAUAUAUGGAGGACAAGUGUGUAAUACACUAAUGGCAGGUUCCUGGGAUGACAGAACACCUCUACACGAUGCCGCUUUGCAAGGAAGAUUGCUGCCACUGCGAAGACUCCUUUCACAGGGAUACCAUGUGGGCGUGGCUACAUUAAAUGGAAUCACACCACUGCAUGAAGCAUGUGUUGGAGGCCAUUUUACCUGUGCUAAACAACUUCUGGAACAUGGCGCUGAUGCGAAUGCCGUCUCCUUUGAUGGAGUCACUCCUCUCUUCAAUGCAUGCUGGAGUGGAAACCCCACUCUCGUUAGCCUCAUUCUGAUGCACAGCUCUGUCCACCAUCCGGCUCAUCUGCUGCGCUCACCUUUUCAUGAAGCAGCAAAGAGAGGUCACACAGCAUGUGUGGAACUGCUGCUGUCUCAUGGUGUGAAUGUGGACAUGGAGUUGCCCAGCAUAGGAACACCGCUGUACUGUGCAUGUGAAUCCAAGAGCACAGACUGUGUUCAAAGCCUGCUGAUCUCAGGCGCUGAUGUGCAAUGUGGGCUGGGUCUUGAGACACCUUUACAUGCUGCAACCAGAGUGGGCGGAGCAAAGGAGGUGGAGCUACUGUUGGAGCAUGGAGCUGAUCUGACACCAAGGAACUCUGAGGGAAAGAAACCUCUAGAAUUGACUACAGAUCAGAGUAUCAAACAUCUCUUGCAAACUGCAGGUCCUUGCUCUCUUUCUCAACUGUGCAGAUGGUCUAUUCGACGUUCACUGGGACAAAAAGGACUCAACAAAACUAAGUUGCUUUGCUUACCACAUAUCCUGCACUGUUAUCUUCUCUAUCAUUAAAACACACACAAAUAUUAUCCUAACACUCUUCCGUGAUCUUUCUCUUUUAGUAACAUUAUGUGCACAUUUUUAUCUGUAAAUAAUCUUUGUAUAAAUGUAGCUACUUAAUCUUUGCUUUUUGUAAUAAAUAUUUUUAUACAUUCACAGGCUAUUCAUUUGUUGAAAUAACACACACACACACAGUCUACAGUCACACUCUUUACGAACGAAAAAUAACUGAACUAUCCAGUAGAUGGCAGCAGAUACUAUUAUUUUACCCUCAUAAUUUUAUAGGGUAGAUUGGGAUAAAUCGCAUUCUACAAAUGUGGCUUUAAGAAUCUACAUAUUUUACGUAGCCUACCAUGAUUUUUUUUGUUUGUUUUUUUGUUUAUUUGUUUUGUUUUUAAUACACUAUAAGUAGCCUACAAACAAAUUGU